CCCGCCCGUUCCGGUGGUGGCGCCGGCACCAUGGGGGUCACUUGCGUGUCGCAGGUGCCGGUGGCCGAGGGCAAGAGCGUGCAGCAGACGGUGGAGUUGCUGGCGCGGCGACUGGAGGCGCUGGGCGCGGACAAGCAGGGGACAUUCGGCGUGGACUGCGAGACCUAUCACACCGCGGCCGCCCUCGGCACACAGGGGCAGACAGGGAAGCUGAUGUAUGUCAUGCACAACUCUGAGUACCCCCUGAGCUGCUUUGCCCUCUUCGAGAACGGGCCCUGCCUCGUGGCCGACACCAACUUUGACACUCUCAUGGUGAAGCUCAAGGGCUUCUUCCAGAACGCCAAGGCCAACAAGAUUGAGAGCCGCGGAACCCGCUACCAGUACUGCGACUUCCUGGUAAAGCUGGGCACAGUCACCAUGGGCCCCAGCGCCAGGGGCAUAUCUGUGGAGGUGGAAUACUGUCCCUGUGUGAUCGCCAAUGACUGCUGGAACCUGCUGAUGGAGUUCAUGCAGAGCUUUAUGGGCAGCCACACGCCCGGGAUCCCGUCGGUGUUUGGCUCCAAGCACGACAGCGCCUACAGCCCCGGGGACACCAUGGUGCAGUACAUGGAGCUCUUCAACAAGAUCCGCAAGCAGCAGCAGGUGCCUGUGGCUGGCAUCAGGUGAAGAGGAUUCUCUGGAGCUCCUCGACUGCAUCCUGUCUGCCUGGCUGGGUCAGGAGUCCCUCCAAAAUGUGGCACAGGAGGCAGCCCCAGGGAUUUUUUCCUUCUUGAUCUUUGCCAUGGCAAAGUUUCCCAGUGCUGUGUGUAAUUCUGAGAGUCCUCCAGGGUUUGGGAUUAUUGGAUCCAUGGUUCAGUGGUUCUUUGGACAGUGGUUUGUGCAGGGAAUCACUGUUUAUCCACGGGGAAAAGAGAAACUCCAGCCAAAAGCAAGGGCAGAGCUUCUGAGACUACAGAAAUCUCUUUAUUUUUUUUUUUUUUUUUAAAUGUCCACAUUGGUGUUUUGUUGUAUUUCAUCCCAAUAAAAUGCUGGAUUUUGGGAGGAGGAGUCCCUGCACAGUGA